AGUGCUGAAUUAAGUAAAACACAACAUUUGUACGGCCAGACCAAUAACCCAGGUCCAUAUAAUGGUAUUAAUGAUUAUACUUUUAAAAUAUAAAUCAUCUAUUUAAAAAUCCGCGAUGGAGUACAACUGAUCUUUGCGUUUGCGCGGUAGAUUUUAUUCACUAAAGGGUUAACAUAUCUGUGCUCUUCACAACUCUUACAACAUUAUGGGUAACAACGAUUAUUUUAUAAUACCAAUGUUUACUAACAGUUAUUUGUGAGUGCAGGAUUGAUCUGCUUUCAGGCUUGCGCUGAUAAACACGCAUCGACCCCAGCAAAACUCCGUUGGCGUCAAAUGCCUAUAAAUGCCUAUAAAUUCGCAAGAAAAAAGAAGGCUGGUAGUCAGUGGGAAAAGUAACGAAUAAUUAACACACAUGGCAGAACACUACAAGAGGUGUCUGAAAGAUGUGGUGAAAGUGAUCGGUUCAGGCAGCAUCGUCUUUGUCUCGUACCUCACGGCUAUUGGAGAUGACCGUUUCUAUGCCAACCAGCUGAUGCCCCUGCUGCAAAGGACCGUGGGAGUGGAUGCAGCCCACUUGCUAAUGGUUCGGCUCAUCGGCCUGGGACUGGUACCAGGCAUCAGGUACCAGGACCCGGUUUCGCUGGAAGUGAAGGUCAUGGGUCAUCGCUUCCAGAACCCCCUGGGGCUGGUGACAGACUUCAGCAGGCACUCCGCAGCCAUAGAUGGGCUCUACAGGCUGGGCUUUGGCUUUGUGGAGGUGGGGGCAGCUGACACACAGACAGUGUCCACUGUCCAAAGGGCAGUCAGCAGGUACAAGCCCAGCAGCUUUGUUUGUACUGCUGUUCAGGAGAGAUUGAAGGCGAGGGAGACCUUCCAGUCAAAGCUGACCACAGCUGGGCAACCAAUGGGAAUUAACCUGGGCCAGAGCGACCAUUCUCAGGAUCCUGUGGCUGAGGUUACAGAAGGAGUACAGGCCUUGGGGCCCCUAGCAGAUUACCUAGUAGUGAAUGUUAGCAGGCCCGGCUCCCCAGACUCAAGGGUCCAGAUGGGCAAAGGAGAACUGCGCCACCUACUGGAUGUCGUGCUAAGGGAGCGGGACACCUUGCCAUGUGAGAGGCGACCGCCUGUCCUGGUCCGGAUUGCCUCUGAUCUCCCUACACAAGACAAGCAGGAUGUUGCUGAUGUCAUAACUGAGCUUGGCCUGGACGGUUUGGUUGUCUCCAGCUCUGCCAUCUCCAGGCCAUCGUUGGACUCAGAACAAAGGAUGCUGGGAGUAACAAGUGGACAGACGACCAAGGAGCUGUCCAGCCACACAGUGCGGGAGAUGUACUCACUGACGGAGGGGAAGGUCCCCAUAAUCGGAGCUGGGGGCGUGGCCAGUGGAAGAGACGCCCUGGACAUGAUUCGUGCUGGAGCGUCAUUGGUCCAGCUCUACACUGCCUUUACAUAUCAAGGGCCACCCGUCGCCAUGAGGAUUAAACGGGAGCUGCUGCAGCUUCUCAAAGAGCAAGGAUUUAAAUGCAUAUCUGAAGCUGUCGGGGCAGAUGUGAAGACUGGUGGAGGACAACUGCAACCACAGCCGCGCUGGGCCAAGACCUAAGUGCACUUCAGACAAAUGAAGUGGAAAGUCUGCAAUCCAGAAAUUCUCACUCGAUGCUUUUGCCUCAGCUUUAAUCGUGCAUUCAGCAGCUAUUCCCCUCCGUAUCAAACAUUAAAACAGGGGGCCCUUAAAGUAGCAGGUUCCAAGAAAGUAUUUACACUUCAAACUUAUAAGAACUGUGGAAAACAUUAGGAAUUUUAUGUCUCGCAAUUACUUGAUAAUUAUCAUUGCAUACAAGUGUGUACAGAAUAUGAAUUUAUAUAUCAAAUUUGUGAAUGCAACAACAACAAUACAUUUUUAAAUAAAUCCCAGUAAUGGUGCCCAUUUGCACAUAGCAGGGUAUGGACUGGGAGCAAAGCACCUGUUAAAAUGGAUACAGAUGGCCUUCUGGUGAAGUACAUUAAAAUAUACUUACAUGUCAAGUUUCAGCCACUGCUAAGAUUUUAUAAGUACGGCUGAGCUCAGCAGCAACGUUAAGUGGGUUUCAAAUGGAGC